GGAGUCUCGCCUUCUGAAGCCAUGUCAUCCUUCAGCGCAACCCCACGCUAAACUCAUGAAUAUCAGCUAAAAUUAACGAAAAUCUAAUAAGAAACUAUGACAAACGGCGAUACAUCAAUAAAGUUUCCGGGAUCACUGAACUAUCCUGUCGAAAUAUCGUCCCGGCUUGUUAAAACUGGCGACUAUGUAAAAAAGCAUGAACCUUUACUAUUAUAUCGGUUCUACGGCAAAGUCGAAGAGGACCAAGAAGAUGGAACCACACAAUUGGUUGACAGAGUGUUUGUCGAGCAAUUUGAGAGCCCUGUUGAGGGUGAACUGACACGUUGGAUUGUUGAAGAAGGCGAUCAAGUGAACAAUGCUACAGAACCCAUUCUUUGCAUUAAAGAACCAUGUUCACAUGAAGUUCAUUACGGUGGUCUUUGCGCAAUUUGCGGUCAAAAUAUUACAAAUCAAGACUAUAUGGGCUUUUCUGACUUGUCUCGAGCCACAAUUAAUAUGACACAUGGCAGUGGAGGACUUACUGAAGCAAGACGAUUGGAAACAGAAACAGCAAUUCGUCUUCAAAAACAAAAACGGUUAUCACUUAUUGUAGAUUUGGACCAAACGAUUAUCCAUGCUACCGUCGAUCCUACCGUGGGUGAGUGGAUGAAAGAUCCUAACAACGUGAACUACAAAGUACUUCGUGAUGUCCAUUAUUUCUAUUUACGAGAAGGCACCUCAGGCUAUACUUCUUGCUACUAUAUCAAACCCCGUCCAGGAUUACAAGAAUUUCUUCACAACGUCAGCAAACUUUAUGAACUGCAUAUUUAUACCAUGGGAACCAAAGCCUACGCUACUGAGGUCGCGAAAGUAAUUGAUCCUGACGGUGAACUUUUCCAAGACAGAGUACUAUCCCGUGAUGACAGCGGGAAUUUGACCCAAAAAAGUAUUCGACGAUUAUUUCCUUGUGACACAAGCAUGGUAGUAGUUAUUGACGACAGAGGCGAUGUUUGGAAUUGGAGUUCCAAUCUCAUUAAGGUGUAUCCGUUUGAAUUUUUUGUUGGUAUCGGUGAUAUUAACAGUAAUUUCUUAUCGAAAACCAUUCCACUGCCACGGGGCGAACCGGAACCAACAGAGAAAGAAACCAGAGAUGAAAACGAAUCAACACCUGAUGCUGUUCAAGAAGCUACGCCGACUGUCGGUGAUCGCACUCUGCUGGAGGAAAACUUCAUGCAAAGUCCUAAUACUCUAAAAGAGCAAAGCGAUGAACAUAUGACAGCACUUGACAAGACGCCUUACAGCGUGAAGAAGGCUUUGAAUCUCGCGGACAUACUCUGUUGCGCGACGAUGAUCGCGAGCUAUUUCAUCUCGAAAAAAGUGCUCACGAACAUUCAUCACGCCUACUAUGACCGUUUAGAGGAAUUUCAAAAAUCUAGCUCCACUAUUGCUCAAGAACCGACCGCAGAUGUGGGUUUAAUCAUUCCAGAAAUGAAGAAGAGAGUGCUUUCUCAUUGCCGUAUUCUGUUCAGCGGUAUCAUUCCGCUAGGAGUGGAUGUGAUCACUUCCGACAUUGCGAAAUGGGCAAUGUCUUUUGGUGCCCACGUACUAUUGGACUUGAAAGAUAACCCGACACAUCUGGUGGCAUCAAAAGUCCAAACGGAGAAGGUAAGGCGGGCUCUGGAAAUUCAAACUGUUAAAGUUGUGAAUCUGGAUUGGCUUCUUCACUCUAUGUCCCAAUGGAAGGCCUUACCCGAGGAAAACUUUCUACUAUACCCAAAUCAGAUACUCAAACAAGAAGCUGUUUCUGGCCCGUCCGGAAACGACGGCAGCGAAAUCUCCUCUGUUAUCUCAGAAUCGGACGAAGGCGAGGAUCGUGUGACCGAAAUUAAUGAUCGUGAACUGGAUGAUAUUGAUUGGAACGAAGCCGAUAAAGACGUUGAAGGCGCUCUCGGUGAUAUUACAACCGACUUUAGCGGUGAUGAAUCAGAUCGUUCCGACCUGCAAAAUGGCGAAGACGAAAAACUUACACCUGCUGCGCACAUGGCGAAGCGGCGAAGAGAGGCUUUGUCUCGGAAGUCAAGCCUAACUCGUGUUCUUUCUGAAACGGAUUCACCGACAGCAAAACGAACCCGACAUCCUUCUGAAGGCGAGAACUCGAACUCCAGUAGCCGGGCUCCUUCAGAAGGUGAAACAGAUAUUGACGACCUGGCUGAUCUGGACAGCUUUGCAAAUGAUUUGGAAGCGGACCUCGAAGGACAACUGGAACCGGAGCAAACUGUCGCUUAA